CUAGUAUAUCCCUAAGUUGACUCACAGAGAAACAGAGACAGGCACAUGAUUCACAGUCCCAUUUUGGAUUUCAUGAACCAAAUUCCAACCAUCCCGCAAUGCCUUUGUCCACCAACCUUCACCUCCGCAAUGUUAUAAUUUUGUUGAAAAAAUGGAGCAAACAAGAAUACACAAUCGCUGCAUUCACCAUAAUCCUCUUCAUCUUCUCUCUCACUUUCCUCAACCGAUCCAAUCAAUCUCACUCCAACGACUCCCACAUCAAUCUCAUUCCAUUCACUCCUCUCGCUAACUUCAAACAACUUGGUGCACUUUGCUUGGAUGGCACUGCUCCUGGUUAUCAUUUCCAAAAGGGUUUUGGAUCCGGAUCUCGUAAUUGGUUGCUCCACCUUGAGGGAGGAGGGUGGUGCAAUUCAAUUUCUUCUUGUUCUUAUAGAAAAACCACUGCUUUAGGCUCAUCUAACUAUAUGGAUACACCCGUUCCUUUUUCAGGGAUACUAAGCUCUGUUCCUUCUCAAAAUCCUGAUUUCUUUAACUGGAACAAGGUGAAGAUACGCUACUGUGAUGGUGCAUCCUUUGCUGGUCACCCAGAAAGUGAGCCGAAAGGAAGUGGGUUGUUCUUCAGAGGCCAGAUCAUAUGGGAAGCUAUUAUGAAUGAACUCUUAUCAAUUGGCAUGUCGAAAGCAAAACAGGCUCUGUUGUCUGGGUGUUCUGCUGGAGGAUUGGCAACUCUUAUACAUUGUGAUAACUUCCGACAACUACUUCCGAAGGAGGCCACUGUCAAGUGUCUCGCGGAUGCAGGCUUCUUCCUUGAUGAGAAGGAUAUUGCUGGAAAUAGCACCAUGAAAUCUUUCUAUCAUGAUGUUGUUCAGCUCCAGGGUGUUGCAAAAAGUUUGCACAAAGAGUGCCUUGCUAAAAUGGAACCAUCUAAGUGUCUCUUUCCAUCAGAAAUUCUGAAAAACAUAAAGACUCCUGUUUUCCUUGUUCACCCAGCUUAUGAUUUUUGGCAGAUACACAAUAUUUUGGUACCUGAAGGAUCAGAUCCCCACCGUCGCUGGAAAAGCUGCAGAUUAAACAUUCAAAGUUGUGAUGCUAACAUGAUUUCUAUACUCGACAGUUUCCGUAGUUCUUUGCUGAAGGCUGUGAACGAGUUCCAGCAACGAAAGGAUAUUGGAAUGUUUAUUGAUUCCUGCUUUAUCCAUUGUCAAACUUGGAUGGGGGAGACAUGGCAUUCACCUCGUUCUCCAAAAAUAAACCAUAAGACAAUUGCUGAAUCUGUUGCCGAUUGGUUCUUUGACCGACAAGUGGUAAAGCUUAUUGACUGCCCUUUUCCAUGUAAUCCUACUUGCCAUAACAUGGAUUUCACCAGAGUAUAGCAAAGCUAAGCAUCCCGAUUUUCAUUGCCUAUUUCAUCAUGGAUCUGCAUUUGUUAAAAAUCAUGGACAAAUAUCAACUUGGAUCCUCUUCACUCUCCUCCACAUCUUCAUAAUUUUUUUAAGAGACCGAGAGGUAGAAAAGAUGGAAUGAAAUGAAAGAGAAGAUCCAAAUCCGACUAAUAUCCUCCCAUUUAUGUCCUUAGUGCCUCUGUUGAUUAUUGAGUUAGAGAAUAUGCUGGGUUGUUCAUCUUAUUCAUCUGCGUGAAACGGUUUCUACUUUCAGUCAAUAGACAUUAUGCACAGCAUGAAGUUGCUCCUUGAUGAAAUAACUCUUCUCCACCACUGUUGUAAAAUUCAAUUCCAUAGAUGCCAAUAUCAAUUGUAUACACUAUUUUUCCCCCAUCUGAAAACAGUAGUGCUUUUGUUAUUGAUUAUUUUUGUCAUUGAUUGUGUUGUAAAAGUUGAAUUAUUUUUGUUUCUGAAAUAUAUAUCAAUUGUCAUA